AUGUGGCAGUUGGUAACAGCGAUAUUAUUUAUACUCACGAUUAACGUACACUCCCUGGACCGGAAUAUCAGAAGUAUAGAUGGCGGAUUCUUCUAUACAGCAGACCCGGAAGCAUCAAUGAAUAUUAGUGAACUGAUCCGAUACAGGGGAUACCCCAGUGAGGAGUAUGAGGUGGUCACUGAGGAUGGUUAUAUUCUGAGCAUCAACCGAAUACCGCAUGGGAUCAAGUAUCCACCUACAGAUGGAAGACCAGUGGUGUUCUUGCAGCAUGGAUUGCUCGCAGAUGGCAGUAACUGGGUCACUAAUCUGGAAAACAAUAGUUUGGGAUUCAUCCUGGCUGAUGCGGGUUAUGACGUGUGGAUGGGGAAUAGCCGAGGAAACACUUGGUCCAGGAAACACAAGACCCUGUCACCUGCUCAGGAUGAGUUUUGGGCUUUUAGCUUUGAUGAAAUGGCCAGGUUAGAUCUCCCCGCUGUUAUCAACUUUAUCUUGCAGAAAACAGGCCAGGAACAGAUCUACUAUAUUGGUCAUUCUCAGGGUACCACAAUAGCCUUUAUUGCAUUUUCAAGCAUGCCUGAGCUCGCCAAGAAAAUCAAAAUGUUCUUUGCUCUUGCCCCUGUUGCUACCAUCAAAUUCUCCAGCAGUCCACUUGCAAAACUUGGAAUUUUCCCAGAAUUUGUUAUCAAGGACCUGUUUGGGAAAAAAGAAUUUUUUACCACAGUCGGAAUUUAUUAAGUGGCUUGCCAUCCACUUUUGUACCCAUGAAGUGGUGGAAGAGAUAUGUGGCAAUAUUUUCUUUAUUCUGUGUGGAUUUAAUGAGAAGAACCUUAACAUGAGCAGAGUAAAUGUGUACAGCGCACAUUGCCCAUCAGGAACGUCUGUAAAGAAUAUGAUCCAUUGGGCGCAGAGUGUGAAGUGCGGUGAGCUGAAGGCAUUUGACUAUGGUACUAAGGGUAACCUUGUUCAUUACAAUCAGACUACUCCACCUUUCUACAAUGUGAAGGACAUGAAGAUCCCAACUGCUCUGUGGAGUGGAGGCAAUGACUGGCUAGCUGACCGUAAGGAUUUGGCUUUGCUGCUCACUCAAGUCAGCGAUCUGGUCUACCACAAGGAGAUUCCGGAGUGGGAACAUCUAGAUUUCAUCUGGGGUCUGGACGCUCCAUAUAAAAUGUACAAUGAAAUAGUUCAGCUACUGAAGAAAGCCUCCUGA